UGCGGUUCCGGGUCGGGCCGCGCAGCAACCCGCGCUCCGCUUGCAGCCGCAGCGCCCCGCCCCCGCGCUCCGGACCUGGGCAGGUGGUGACCGCCAGGCCGUUCCCGGGGCCACAUGGCUGAGGGGGACGCAGGGAGCGACCAGAGGCAGAAUGAGGAAAUUGAAGCAAUGGCAGCUAUAUAUGGCGAAGAAUGGUGUGUCAUUGAUGACUGUGCCAAAAUAUUUUGUAUUAGAAUUAGCGACGAUAUAGAUGACCCCAAGUGGACACUUUGCUUGCAGGUGAUGCUACCGAAUGAAUACCCAGGUACAGCUCCACCUAUUUAUCAACUGAAUGCUCCUUGGCUUAAAGGGCAAGAACGCACAGAUUUAUCGAAUAGUCUUGAGGAAAUAUAUAUACAGAAUAUUGGUGAAAGUAUUCUUUACCUGUGGGUGGAGAAAAUAAGAGACGUUCUAAUACAAAAAUCUCAGAUGACAGAACCAGGCCCAGAGGUAAAGAAGAAAACUGAAGAGGAAGAUGCUGAAUGUGAAGAUGAUGUCAUUUUAGCAUGUCAACCAGAGAAUCCAGUUAAAGCAUUGGAUUUUGAUAUCAGUGCAAGUCGAACGGAACUAGAAGAAUUACCUCCGAUUGAUCAUGGCGUUCCUAUUACAGACCGAAGAAGUACUUUUCAGGCACACUUGGCCCCAGUAGUUUGUCCCAAACAGGUGAAAAUGGUUCUUGCCAAAUUGUAUGAGAAUAAGAAAAUAGCUAGUGCCACCCACAACAUCUACGCAUACCGAAUAUAUUGUGAGGAUAAACAGACCUUCUUACAGGACUGUGAGGAUGAUGGGGAAACAGCAGCAGGUGGGCGUCUUCUCCAUCUCAUGGAGAUUCUGAAUGUGAAAAAUGUCAUGGUGGUGGUAUCACGCUGGUAUGGAGGGAUUCUGCUAGGACCAGAUCGCUUCAAACAUAUAAACAACUGUGCCAGAAACAUACUAGUGGAGAAGAACUACACAAGUUCACCAGAGGAAUCAUCUAAGGCUUUGGGAAAGAACAAAAAAGUAAGGAAAGACAAGAAGAGGAGUGAACAUUAAUAUCUGAAACUAUAUGAAAGGUUUAAUUGCCUAUAAUUAUAUACAAAUCCACAGUCAUCAAGGAAUCUAUUGUGCAGAGAGAAUCAUAGACUGUUGUCAGCCAAUUCAUUGUGGACACCAACAUUGUCUCUUCUUUGGUUGUAUCAUCUGCCAAAAAUAGAGAACUUUUGAUCUAUUCAUGUGUGUUUCAGGCUGAUUCAGAAGAAUUAACUUGAACUUAAUCACUUUGUGUAAUUUUAGGAAGGUAGCAGUUGCCCAGGGCAGUACCUGAAUUAACUGUCCAUUUCAGUACAUGUCAAGUGCCUUUGUUAGGGGGAAGAAGUAUCUCUAGAGGAAUAUGAAUACCUGAUUUCUCGUCAUCAGGAUUCUCAUUUAGUUAACUGAAUAUUACCUUUUACUGCUCUUUAUGGCUUAUUGGAAUUGGGGCUCAUUGAAGACUGAUCUGAGAGAGUUUCUUCUUGUGAUUUUAUUUCAUAAGUAUGUCACCUUUCACUAUUUAUAGUGUUCACCAUGGAGUAGUGGAUUAAGUGAAAAUCCAGGAGUAUCCAUCUGUAGUUAUGUGCUGAAGUGAUGAUUCAUCUAACAUAUUUGUUAGCAUAGGUGUUAAUGCCUCAAUUUCUGUCGCAAAUUGGUGAUAGUGAAAUUUCAAAAAGUGAUUUUCUAGUCUCUAUACUUUUUUUGUUUAAUUCUUGUAAUGUUAAGCAAUAAAUAAUGGUGUGCCAGUAGUCACCUCCCACCCCUGAAAUGUAUAGUGUGAUACUCUGGUUUCUUUAAGAACCUGGAAGUACCUUUCUUGUGAUCUUCAUGGACAAAUUAGAACUCCCUAGAAGCUAUGCUAUGGUUAAUGGGAGGCUUAUAGAAUGGGCUAGAGGUGGCAGAACAGCACUGGUGCAGGGCAGGAGUAUGCCCUCUAGUUAUGUAAUUGUGGUGCCUGUUUCCCAUCCACACUCCAGCUGUCUUUCAACACCACAGUGUGCGGAGAGAAGGAACAAACCUUUGAUUGGAAAAACAGAAAAUCUCUCUUUUUCUCCCAUUCUUAUCAAAUCUUCCUUUUCAUCAGUGUUUUAUAAAAGUUUCUUCUUUCAUCUACAAGUUGUGCAAUUUACCUCUAAACAUCCAGAAAAUAAAUUUAUCUAUCUAUGAGCUGUAACAAUGCCAUUAACUGUUCCCUUUCAGACAUGAUUGCAAACAGUUGUUAAAAAUUAUUGGUCACAGCUUUGCCUGAGAUUCCCUUCCAAAGAGAGGGAACAGAAAUAAAGAAGUAAUUUGGGAUGGUGCUGGAGCAUGGAAAACAUAAAGUGGACACAGAUUUCUUUGCUGUCCUCUGAUGUUUUACCUUUAAGAGAUCUAACAUCCUGACUUGAUAUUUUUAAUAAGAAUCUAGUAAACAGUUUUACACUAAGAUGGAUUCUGAGAAACACAAUAUAAAUUAUAUUUGUUCUGUUCUGUUUUUUUGUUUGUUUUUUUUUUUUUGUUUUUUUUUCUUUUUUGGCUGCCCCGCAGCAUAUGGAGUUCCCAGGCCAGGGAUCAGAUCUGAGUUGCAGUUGUACUCACGCUGCAGCUGCGACAACUGCCAGAUCCUUUUAACCCAUGGUGCCGGCUGGGGGAUCGAGCCUGCAUCCUGGCAUGCUGCAGAGAUGCCACUGAUCCUGUUGCACCACAGCGGGAACCCCUAUUGUAAGUGUGUUUAGUUGUUGUAACCUAUUUAAAAAACCCCAAAGCCCAUGAAAAAAUUAAGUAUGUUUUAUGUAUUAACUGUUAAGAUAAUUUAAAAAGUGAAAGUUUAUUAACAUUAAAAUAAUUUCACAAUUUUGAUGUGUCUGGACCUGUGAAAUAAGAUGUAAAACAGUAAGAAUUUGGUGCCACAGAAAAAUAAAUGUGAGUUAAUUUUUCUGCAACACUAAAUUUCAAUUCCUUUCUUGAUGUUUUAUCUAACAUUUAGGUCUUUGUAGAAAAUCUUUAUACCUAUGAUCCCAUUUGCCCUUAUUAAAAAAAAAAAAUCCUAUUUUUGCUUCUUCCUUUUUUUAACCCCAUUUUCCAGACUAAAAAACCUAGUCUCCUUAGUUCAAAGUCAGCUAAUAAGAAGGGGAGAUCCAAAAGUGUCCAGUUAUGGAAUCUGAGUUAAUUUCACAUUCGGAUUCUACACUAUGGACCCCUAACUAAUUAUAGUAUCUUUUUUGUCUAUUUAAUGUUUCUCUCAAUUAGAGGGUUUUCAAAUUCUCCAAAUAAUAAUUUUCUAUACCCAGAUCUAUGCUGAGGCAUAUUUUAUAGUAUAUUGUAUUAGUUAAAAAUAAUCUCUAUUUGCCGUAUGUAAGAGCAAGUAGCAUCUACUUUUUAAGUGGGAAUAACAGUAUAAUUUGGAGGUAUCUAUCAUGAAACAGAGCCUAUUUGAAGAGAAUUAUAUCAAACUAAUCACAACGAAAAAAGAAUAGCAUGAAGCAGGUACUGUUUGGAAGGCAGGUUAACAUUUAUUGGGAAAAUUGUAUAGUCACUUGUAAUUUCACUAUCUAGAGAUAACCAUUAUUAACAUUUGGUAUGUACAUCUUCUAUUUUUUUCCUAUGCAUGCUUUUGUAUAUAUGGCUAUUUUUCUUUCCAUAAAAAUGGUAUUAAACUGUAUAUACUGUUUUGUAUCCUACAUAUUUCAUAUAGAAGUAUAUUGUUAACAUUUUCCCAUGUCAAUAAAUAUUCUUAUAUGGCUUAAUUUU